AUGGUUAAUUCGAAGAAGUGCGAUCUGAUCGAACGUUAUCGUUCCUUAUUGGAGAAUAAUCUGGUUCUUACCGAUGACUUUCUUGCGUGGUUUCGAAGUAAAAAGAUUCUUGCGGAACAUACAGUCAAUGAUAUCAAAAAUUUACCAUUAUCGGUGGAGAGAAACAAGAAAUUUCUCAGUCAUAUUAUCGAUGAAGGUGAUGCAGGGUUUACAAAAUUAGUCGAAGGUUUAAUUGCAAAUGGGCAACCAUUUUUAGGUGAACUUCUCGAAAGUGAAGACAAGAAAGCAUCCGCCGAUGCUGCACAACAAAUUGUUCUUGGGGAUGAAUUUCUCAAGAAGUGUCCGGGUGUUGAUAAACUACGUGCAGAUACACGAGAGAAGAUGAAAAGUUAUCUUCAAGAUCAAUUAGUGAAAGCACAUGUAAAUGAUUCAUGGAGUUCACAAAAUCAAGGCAAAUCAGUAGAAUUUAUUAAUCUUAAACGACAACAUUAUGAAACACGACAGAAAUUAAUCGAUUCAGUCGAAGAUGAAAAACGAACGGUAGAGAGUCUAAAAGAAACACUUCGAGAGGAACAGCAAACUCGACAACGAAAAGAAGAAGAAAUGAAAGAACUUCGUCUUGAAUUAAAACGAGUUCAAGCUGAUUACGAACAGAAAUGGACGAAUCAAAUCAAAAUGGCCGAUGCGAAUAACCGAACAGUAUUUAGUAUGAACGAUAAAAUGGCAUUACUUACUGACUGGCUACGUACUCUUGACACAAGUCUGAAAACGAAUAUUUCCCAAACGGGUAUGGAAUUCGAUUCGAAUGAUCAAUUGCAGGUUAAACUCAAACGAUACACUACAGAAAUCGAAUCACUACGAACGAGAAGCAUUGGAACAGAGAAAUUAAAAGAAGAGAUGCAUGAAGCACUCUACACAAGUCGAUAUUUACCAAUUGAGGAUCGGAAAAAUCGACCAUUCUACGAUUUCCUCGUUUCUUUGUACGGUUCGAAUCAAGUCACUGAAUUAGCAAAUAUAUGCACGAAAGAUGUCUUGCAAUCGAAAUCAGAACGUGAUCAAGCGAAUGAACUUCGAACACGUGACAUGAAGAUCGAUGAACUUGAUCGUCGAAAUCGAGAAUUACAAACAGAAAUCGAUCGACUGAAAACCAAACCAUCGGCAUCAACACCCGCAGCUGCAGCAACAGCAGGAGUUGCUGCCAGUGAACACUCUCAUACUAAACCAACGAAACAAACCUGGCGUCCAACACCAGCUACAGUUACACCACGUGAAAAGCCAAAAGGUCGACAAACACUGAAACCAAUUGCAGUUCAAUUCGAUACAAAACCUGGUGGCAACUGA